AUGGAGACUGACGGAUAUGACUCUUUUGAAGAUGAUGACCUCCAACCGGGCCCUUCAAUAUACAUGCAAACUCAAGUCUUGUGCACCCAAGCAGCAAAACCGGAGACCCCGAGGCGACGAGCCCAGCCUACACCAAACCCGAAAACCGACACGAAUGUCCUGUUAUUGACGAAUCGACUGGAGACUGAGAAGCGCGACAGGCAAAAGGUGGAAAAGAAUUGCGGGAUUCUGGCGGACAAGCUGCGAGCGAAAGAAAAGGAAAAGGAAGAGGCGCUGGCGGAACAACGUAGAUUCUACGAGACGAAAAUGCAGAACUUGAACAACACUAUCAAUGAACUGCGCUUCAACGAAACGAGGGUCGACGUGACAAUGUCUUCGCAAUCCUUCUGCAUUGAAACGAAUGAUAGAUCAAGGAUGAACACAACGACUUUUGUGGGCACGCCUCCCGUCAACACGAGAAAGGUCGUGGCAAUGGCAAGACCGACGACAUACCAAGCCUUUCAAAACACGGGCCCGUCCUCCGCUGUCAACACGGUUAAGGCUUGUGGGAAUAGAACGAUAUCGAAUACCUCACCAAACGACGGGACACCUCGGAAACUGAUGAAAACGGCGACGGGCCCGAUGCGAAGCCAAGUAGCCCUGGAUACGACAGCACCUUCAUGCUCACAGCCGUUUUUUGAUGAGUUGCCCCACAAGGCUCCACGGGGAUCGCCACCCACGCGGCCAACCGUCACGAAAGAAGUCCAGACCACGCAGCCAGAGGCGUACAAGGAGUUUAUGGCCAGGCCCCUCGUUGACGCGAUGGUGGCAAUCUGCCGACUGGAGGAUGACGAUCCCGCAAGAUUGAAAAUGAUGACCCGCACCAAGGGGCGAACAUUUGGAGAAAUUCAUCGAGCAAGCGGCAAUCGGUCGAUGGCCAGCAGCGGGAAC